CCUGAAGUUCUGCGUCUCAGAGGUCUGAUGCAGUCUCUCAUCCCAAUUCUAAUCCUCCUGUGCCAGCUGUGGCAGCAUGCCUCGUCGUCGCGUGUCACUGUUACAGAUGAGGUGACGUGUUCCAAGCCGCCCCGUGAUCUGCCUGAGAAGCCAAUCGACAUCGGGUAGAAAGGGAAAGGGAGGGAGAGACUCGACAAUACGGCUUUCUUCAAAAUUUGUUUCUUCUCUUGGCCGCUGCAAUGGGUGGCUGGAUGGGCAGUUGCUCCGUGAAGGUCGCCGAGGCCUUCCGCCAUCGGGUGCAGCCAGAUCUCAGGGACAAGCACACGCUGGAUGUGGUCCUGCGGCUGCGAAAAAAGGGAACAGGCGACAUCGCUCAGCUUCAAAUCUCACUGCAGAAGGUCGAGGCAAUCGACGUCACAAAUGGUUGGUGUCGCCUGGAUUAUCGCUUGCCUUGGCAAAAGGAGGACUACUGCUUCUUGGAAAAGUAGCGCAGCGCUGAACACACAAGCUGUCACCUCUUUUCUCUGUCCGCACAAUUUCAUGCAGUGUUCACAAAGACGACCGGCUGAGCGGCAAUUCUCUUGUGGUCUCGAUGCUGUCAUGGCUUGAUACAUACGGGAAGCACUGGGGCUGCACCAAGGUGACACUGACCAAGGUGACACUGACCGACAGCAGCAGCAUCAAGGAGCUGUAUCUUCUCUCACAUGCAAGUACACAGACAUCCAUAUGCAUUCAGGAAAAUGGCCCUGCGUGGCUUCAGUCACGUCCUGAUUGAUUGAUUCUCUUUGUCUGCCUGCCUGCCUGUGUCUCAGGCUUCUACUACCAGUCGUUCGGGUUCAAAUACGCACCUAAGAUGGACGAAGAGGAGAUCGACAGCUGCCAGGCACAUGACGAGCUCACUUCUCAGCAAGACCGGGGUCCUGUCACCCAUCAAACCCGAUGUCCAGUUGGCGGGGGAAUCAAUCGAUGAGAGAGAGCACAUGGACGACGAGACGCGCUUGUUCUUCGAGAUCCAAAACGCAUGGCCCGAGCUGCAGAAGAUGAGUCGGGAAUGCAUGUCGAAGAAAGAGAGGACUCGUGACGGCCGGAUCAAUCCCCAAGCCCGUCUGCUGCCCCACCUGCCCCCAAAAGUUACCAUCGAUCCCAUCUUCCCGCCCGGCGGCACCGCUCACGAGGCCAUGUGUCUGAUCCAGUCGGCCGGGCUUAUGCUCAUGACACAUGCAGACAAGAAGCGAUGGCAGGGGAUUCUCAGGCAGCCGGACACUCCUCCAUCCCUCAGUCUGCUGCUCUUCAGCUUGCCCGAAGGCCCUGCGGAAUGUUUUGGCAAUCGAGACGCGGUGCGGCAGCUGGGAGACACGCAUCGCUACACACUCGUGGAGGAGUUUCCACCUCGUUAAGACAGGGAGACGCAGAAAGCUGAGUGAGGGGACAAGCAGACACUGGACACAUGCGUGAGUCACUACAAAAAAUCGAGUGAUAC